CUGAUCUCUCGCUGUCAUUCGGCCACGGUCGGUUCCAGGAGAGAGGGGGCAGCCAAGAAGCGCACAGGGAUCGGCUGGCUGAGGAGGAAAAAAGGCAGGAAAAAGACACCGAAAUCCUCGCGAACAAUGAAACCGAUCCAAUAAGGCUUUGGGGACAGAACCGCGGCUGAAAAAAAAAUAUACAUAUAUAUAAAUAUAUAUAUAUAAUACACAUAUAUCUUACACAUUAGCCACGUUAGCUCAUAGAUGAUACACAAGUCCAGGUUAGAAGGAGAUAGAGAGCUGUGUCAUUGAGCAGGCAGGACACGUCAGGAGAAGGGAGAAGAGAAAAAAGAGAGCUGACCGACUGCACUGUACGAGUCAGCUAUUAAAUCGCCUCAAAAAAAAAAAGAAGAAGAAGAAGAAGAAGCUUUGCCGAACCCUACUCAUUGUUUCAAGGACACCACUUCGCUCUCAGCCCGGAGGAAAGAUCUCGACGAAAUAUAAAAAAAUAAAGACACAUCGUCGAGGUCGAAGGUGGUGAUAAGAAGGACCAACUAUCAAAUGGGGGAUUACGGGUUUGGAGUCCUAGUUCAAAACAACACUGGCAACAAGUCUGCAUUCCCGGUCCGAAUCCACCCGCAUCUGCAGCCCCCUCACCACCACCAAAAUGUGUCGCAGAGCCCCGCCGCUUUCAUAAACAGCACCACAGCCGCGGGGAAUGGCACCACAGGAGGCUCCCCCUGGCUCUUCCCGGCCUCCGCCGCCCACGGCGGCGUGCAAGACGAAAUCCUGGGGGGCCCAGAGAAGCCCAAAGCGCAGCAGCAGCAGCAGCAGCAGCAGCAGCAACAACAGGAAAUGCAAGAAACGCAAGAAAAACAGCAGCAGUUGUCUCCCGGGAGCCACCAGGAGGCUGGAAGCGGAGGGAUGAUUUCGGAGCUGGAGAAAGCCCGGUCGGAGGAGGCCAAGACGGAGAACGGCACGUCCGAGGGCGGCAACGGGAAGGAGAAGCAGCUCCGCCUCGAGUCGCCCGUCCUGACGGGCUUCGAUUACCAGGAGACAUCCGGCCUCGGGGGCACCGGCCCGGUGCAGUCCAGCACGACCUCGUCGUCGCUCACCGGCUUCAACAACUGGUCGGCCGCCAUCCCCCCGGCGCCGUCAACAAUCAUCAACGAGGACGUCAGCUUCUUCAACCCGGCGUCCGCCAACAACGGGCCUCUGCUGUUCCAGAACUUCUCGCACCACGUCAGCCCGGGAUUCGGCGGCAACUUCUCCCCCCAGAUCGGACCGGCGGCGGCCUUGUCCCAGCACCACCCGGCUCCGCCGCCGCACCCCCACUUCCAGCACCCGCACAGCCAGCACCAGCAGCACCGACGCUCCCCGGCCUCCCCCCACCCUCCGCCGCCCUUCACACACAGGAAUCCGGCGUUCAGCCAGUUGCCGCAUUUGUCCAACAGCCUGAACAAGCCCCCGUCCCCCUGGGGCCCGGCCAGCUACCAGAGCCCCUCUCCAUCCCCCGGCUCCUCCACCUCCUGGAGCCCCGGAGGAGGCUACGGCAGCGGCGGCGGCGGCGGAGGCGGCGGCGGCGGCUGGGGAGGAUCGCAAGGCAGAGAUUAUCGCCGCGGGCUCAACGGCGGCAUGACCCCCAUCAACUCCAUCUCCCCGCUGAAGAAGACCUUCCCCAACAACCACGUGGCGUCGCAGAAGUACCCGCGAAACAGCCCCGCGGGCUUCAACCCCAAGUCCUGGAUGGACGACGGCGUCGGACGCAGCGACAACAUCUUCCCGUUUCAGGAACGCACCAGGUCGUUCGACAGCUUCAACAUGAACACUCUGGAGAGCUCCCUGAUUGACAUCAUGAGGGCCGAGCAGGACACCCUGAAAGGUCGUCUCGGGUUCCCUCACCCAGGAGGGGACAACCCUCUCCCCCUCAACGCCAGGAAUUAUAGCAGGAGACGAGGCCACUCCUCUCUCUUCCCCAUGGAGGACGGUUUCCCGGACGAUGAGCGUGGGGAUCAGGGUCUCGCCGGCCUCGGUUCUCCUCACUGUUUCCCGCAUCAGAACGGAGAACGCGUCGAACGCUACUCACGCAAGGUGUUUGUGGGAGGACUCCCCCCGGAUAUAGACGAAGAUGAGAUAACGGCCAGUUUCCGUCGCUUUGGUCACCUGUUUGUGGACUGGCCUCACAAAGCUGAGAGCAAAUCCUACUUCCCCCCCAAAGGCUACGCGUUCCUGCUGUUCCAGGACGAGAGCUCGGUCCAGGCUCUGAUCGACGCCUGCAUCGAGGAGGACGGCAAGUUGUACCUGUGUGUGUCCAGCCCCACCAUCAAAGACAAGCCGGUCCAGAUUCGCCCCUGGAACCUCAACGACAGCGACUUCGUGAUGGACGGUUCUCAGCCUCUGGACCCGAGGAAAACCAUCUUUGUGGGCGGAGUCCCGCGUCCACUGCGCGCAGUGGAGCUGGCGAUGAUCAUGGACCGUCUGUACGGCGGCGUCUGCUACGCCGGCAUCGACACGGACCCCGAGCUGAAGUACCCCAAGGGAGCAGGGCGGGUCGCCUUCUCUAAUCAGCAGAGCUACAUAGCUGCUAUCAGCGCUCGCUUUGUGCAGCUGCAGCACGGAGAAAUCGAUAAACGGGUGGAAGUGAAGCCAUACGUGCUGGACGACCAGCUGUGUGACGAGUGCCAGGGAACUCGCUGUGGGGGGAAGUUUGCUCCGUUCUUCUGCGCCAACGUCACCUGCCUGCAGUAUUACUGCGAGUACUGCUGGGCCGCCAUCCACUCGAGGGCCGGCCGCGAGUUUCACAAGCCCCUGGUGAAGGAGGGCGGCGACCGGCCCCGUCACAUCUCCUUCCGCUGGAACUGAGCGGAGGAGGAGGAGGAGGAGGAGGAGGGCGGGGGGGCAGCAGAGGAGCAGAGGAGGAGCAGAGGAGGAGCAGGUAGUGCAGGAGUCGCAAAUCAUUGUACAAAUAAAUGCACUUUUCUGUUGCUGGUUCCUUUUUGCUCUAAUUUCACCAAACUUUUUUUUUUUUUUUUUAAUAUAAUUUAAUAAUAUUUUGAAGAUUUAAAAAAAAAAAGACAUGUACCAUAAUAUUAUUUAAGCUUUUGAUAUUUUUUUUUUAAGAAGGGAAGUUUGUGGUGUGAUAAGAUACUCUGCUUUUCAAUUGGCAUAUUUUUCUAAAAAUUCUUUUAUUUAUUUAUUUAUCCCCAAAACAAAACCUCCUCUUCUUUUGUAGCAGAGUUUUUACUUUUUCUUUUAUAUAUCGAGAUCAGAAGAGCAUGUGAUUGGCUGUUUUUUUUAUUUUUUUAUUAUUAUAAUUAUUUCUGAAAGAUGAGCCGUUGAUACGAGAGGCUCCCGAGCAAAUGGGACUUUAACGAAACAAAAAGAAAGAAAAAAAAAGGUGUUGCUAAAGAAGAGUGCACUUAUUUCCAGCUGUGAGACGCAGCAUGUGAGACGCUCGGUAGUUUAACCAAAGCUGAAUCUGAAUCCGGAGCAGAGAGGUUCCACUGCAGAGCCGUUCUUUCCCCCUCCCACGUCCAAAAUGUUCCCACCUCUCUUUUUAACAGACCACACACACCACACCCAUAUUUUGAUGUUACUUGAAGAUAAAAAAAAACAAAUAUAUAUAUCACAACUUAGAAAAAAAAUGAUUUGGGUUUCGAUCUCCAUGCAAAAACUAAUACCUCAAACUCAGCUGCUAAAUGUGCCGAAUACAGUAAAAAAAGAAAAAGAAAGCAAGAAGAAGGAAGACGCGCUCGCUCUCUGGUGUUCUCCUUCCCUUAGAGCUAUAAUCAGAGGGAAGUGAUGCAACAGGCAGAGGGCGAAGUCACCGGCACAGUUUUGUACUCACUUGCUUCAUCACCUCCUUAUUUUUGUAAUCAAACCCAGGGUUGAGCGUCGUAUUUUCGCCGUGUUCAUGGGAAUGUAUGGCACUCAGAGGCUCCAGCAGAGACGGGGCUGACCCUCUCUUUCUCCCCCCCCUCUCCCCAUCUCCCCUCCCUCCCCCCUCCCUCCCUCCCUCCCCCCCCGUGUCUGCCUCGGGCCUCCUGCUGCUAACGCUAGCAGCUAACGGAGGGUUAGCGCUCGUUGCUGGGAUCCAGAGCUUUUCAGGACUGAGGCUGGAGGAAAAACUCCUCCACAGAGACGGAUUUAUUGCAGUUUUUUUUUUUUUUUUUUUUUACAGGGAACGGCCUGUUUGUUAGCUUCUUCUUUUUUUUUAAUUAUUAUUAUUAUUAUUAUUUUUUUUAAUGCAUUUGUGCAAUUCUCUCCCGAGUCUUUAACGAAAACCUUUUGCAUCCGAGAGCCGGCGACGUUGAACGAAAGCAGCAGCAGCUUCCACCCGUUUUCCUUCCUGAGCCGCUCACACUCAGCCUCCAGUGUUUUUCAAGCAUAAAUGAAGAUAGUCUCUGCAGUGUGCUCUACUACUACCACCUCCACCACCACCACCACCACCACUACUUCUACUACUACUACUACUACUACUACUACUACUACUACACACUCGUGACCCACGUGCAGUUUGCUCUUGAGAUCCCAGAGGCUGCUGGGAACCAAAGAUGGCUGUGGAGUAGUGGGUCAUACUGUAGCUCAUUUCUUGACCAGGUUUUUAUUAGUUUUAAUUUCUCAUAUAUAUAUAUUUUUUAUUUUUUUUUUUUCAUAUAUAUUUUCUUACGUCUGUCACUUCUGCCCAGUUUUGGCUAAACUUGUCCAGCCCUGAUGGACUCCAGCAAAACCAAAGAUUGGCCUUCGACCCGACCGACACACUAUGUAUAUCAUAUAUAUAUAUAUAUAUGUGUGUGUUUAUAUAUGUUUAUACAUCCUGUGCAGUCAAAACCAUGAGAACACCAGUGGAAAACCAGCAGGGCUGACAGACUCACAACGCUCUUCCUUUCUUUUAUCCGGAUAAAAUCUAAAUCUAAAAAAGUUUGCGUCGUGGGGAAGAUUAGUGCACGUUCCCACGCGGCGACAGGAAAAAGCUAAAAAGUUUGGAGCGACUCGGUUCGAAGCGCGUAAAACGUCAGGGAGCACGUUCACAAACUCGAUCGUACACACUAGUGAGAAGCCUCAUGUGGACGCGGCGUCGUUGCACCAGUUUUUUCGUGGCUGUCGGUGGGUGAGCAUUUUAGAAGUUAAAACACUUUGUGAAGAAUUUGCUGUUAAAAUGAGAUGAUAAAAAAAAAAAAAGAUUAUUUUAUACAUGGCCUGCUGAUUUUUUGGUACAGUGUUUUCUAGCUAAAUUAUUUUGUCAUGCACAUAUAAACAUUUAUUAUGCACUACUUUUUCUAAAUAGUUUUUCUUUUUCCAACAGUCAUUUUAGGCACAUUUUUCACAAAUGGGGAAACUCCUUUUUGCAAUACCUCAAUUUUUCACAUUGUGAAAGGUAGCUUUUGUACUUUUGUUACUGAGAGAUCUGCAUAUAUGGAAAUGUUCAUUUUAAGGAAAAAAAAAAAAAAAGUGAUUUCAAUAUAUAUUAUUUUCAAUUAUGCUUUUUAUACAUUUCAGUGCUGAGGAAUCUUUACAACUAAAGUGCGCAACUUGUGUUGGUGCGACUUGAGAUCUGCAGAGGAGACGCUCGCUUUGGUCUGAGCUUUCCACACGUUUCCAGUCAAUCUGCUCAUUAACAGACGGCGAGGAAUUAAAAAAAAGAAAAGAAAGAGAAUUAGAAAUCGAUGUUGAUGUCUCUAAACAUGGCUACACUAGUUGGAAAUGGUAACUUCUUCUUCUUCUGUCUUGGUUUCCUCUCCGUAGAUGGAGCUUAACUUAUUAUAAAGGAGAAUGCAAAAAUUUUGGUUCGACGCUGAACCAUCGUAUCACAAGAAUGGAUGUUUGGUGUUAUUAGAUAUUUUAAUAUUUGAAAAAAAAAUAAAAACACACAUAUAUAUAUAUAAAUAUAUAUAAAUAUAUAUUCUUGAACUUGCCAACUAGCACCUAUUGUAAUCCUUAGCAUGCAUGACGAAAAAAAAAAAAGACGAGAAAAUGACAAGUACAGGAAUUAGCUAUUAAAAUUAAUUGUUGUGGUGUGCACCAAAUGUUUCUCAACUAUUAAGUUGUUCAGGACAACUCCCCCUGACACCCCCUCCUCCUCCUCCUCCUCCUCACCCUCCUCCCCCACCCACCCACCCCCACCAUUCGCAGACCUCUGCAGGAUGCACACGACAGAGCGAUAACAGAAUCUGGAUUUGGCUUUUUUUGAGGCAGGACUUUGAGCAUCCGUAUCGAACACUGUUUAAAAGACUUGAGGAGUGGUCCCCGCUGUGUGUGUGUGUGUGUGUGUGUGUGUGGUGUGUGUGUGUGUGUGUGUGUGUGUGUGUGCGCGUGGAGGUGAUCUUACCUAGACCUGUCUGGAGGAAGGAAGGGGAGCUUAAAGACUUGAAUGUGGUAAAUGUUGCAAGUUAACUUCAAGUUGUUAUGUGCAAUACUUCUUUUGAACCUUUUUCCAGAUAAAGACUCUUUGCAAUGUAAUUCUUUAAUGCCAUUUUUAAUUGCAGACAUUUAAUUAAAGAAGAUGUUAAUAUGUUUUUCACAGUCAUUUUCUACUGUUAUUGUAAUCCUUUUCAUGCUGGUGUUUGUAAAAAAGAAAAAGAAAUCAAACUAUUUGUACUAAUAUAAAUAAUUGAAGUUAUUUUUAAAACAUUAAAGGUUUUGUGCUCAUUUGCUUAUUUUGUUUAUUUUAAGCUACUGUGAUUGAUUGCAUUGUAAUUAUUAGGUCAACAAUGUAUUUAGCUGUUUAUUGGUAUAUUUUUAAUUGGAAUGUAUAAUUGAUUUUUAUAAUUUUGAUCAGAUUUUUGUUAUAUUUUUGAGGUGAAGCUUUUAAUAUGUUAAAGUGUCUAGUUUUUACUAAUUGCUAUAUUGUGCUCCACAAUAUAUGGUUCACAUUUUCUGAAGGAAAAUAAAUAUUUAAAUAUUUGUCUGUUAAUGAUGUUACUUAAUGGCAAGAUUUCAAUAGUUUUUAACAGUGUAUGGGAAGGUUGUUGUAUUUAUUAAUAGCAUUUUUUUACUUAAGAUAUCACCUUAAUUUUUAUUGUCAUUUCACUUUAUAAGUUCCUAUUUUUGUAUUUUCCUUUCUAAUUAAGUUAUGUAAUACGGAUAUGUCCAUAUUUCUAGGAGUUGGUCUGUAGAAGUGCUAGUGAAACGAAAAAGAAAAAUCUAAUGUUAUUUAAUUGUUUGCAGCCAACUAUUUAUAACAGUAUGCAUAAUUUUUAAAUAUUUGUAAUGUGAAAUGUUGAAUGAAAUAAAUCUUAACUGUGAUGAAA